CUAAUGUUCUAGGGUUUUAGUUAACCAGUACCGUUUACUCCACCAUUCGCAUUUCGGAACGCCUCCAUCAAUGGCUGAAGUAAUGGACGCCCAAGAGUAUGUCGCGGACCUUGGUCGCGAGCCAAGCAAGGAGAACACCACCAACUUUGCGGAAGAUGCCGAAUCUUCUCCGCCUCCACCUCCCAGGCGUGGCCGCGACCGGGAGUCUCGCGAGCGCAGGGAUGAGCGGGAUUUCGAUAGACGAAGUGGUCGUUCGGACAACAAUGAUCGCAAUCGGACUCCGCCUCCAUCAGCUCGGGAGCGUGAUGCAAAACGUCGCCGCCCUAGCCCUAGCCCUCCUCCGCCACCUUACAGGGAUCGUCGAGGUCAUUCCCCUGUCCGACGCUCAUCUCCAAAUCCACCAUACAAGCGUUCUCGCAGGGAUGGCUUUGACGGCAGACCCAGAGGUGGUCAUGGUGAUAGGAGGUUUGGUAACCACGAGCAUCCUAUUGGUUCUGAUCGUGAAAUCGGAGGUAGAGAUAGGUAUCCUAAUGAAAGGCUUCAUGGUCGAUAUAGUGGCCGAUCGUCUGGAGGAUACCCAGGUCGAGCUGGACUUGGCGAUGCAUUUGUAUCUGGUAGCACUCAAAGAGAAGGAUUGAAGUCAUAUAAGCAGUUCAUUCAGGAACUUGAAGAUGAUAUUUUGCCAGCAGAAGCUGAACGAAGAUAUCAAGAAUACAAGUCAGGAUAUAUAGAGGCCCAGAAACGAUCUUAUUUUGAUGCACAUAAAGAUGAAGAUUGGUUAAAGGAUAAAUACCAUCCUACGAACCUUGUGACUGUUAUAGAAAGGAGGAAUGACCAAGCACGGAAAUUGGCAAAAGAUUUCAUACUUGAUCUACAAAGUGGAACAUUGGAUCUAGGUCCAGGUGUUACCCCUACAGCAAACAAAGCAGGACAGUCCAGUGAGCCCAAUUCUGAUGAUGAAGUAGAUGAAAAUGAUAAAAGAAGACGGUAUGGCAGGGGGGCAGGUAAAGAGGCUAAACUACUUGCAGCUGCCCCAAAGGCACACCCAGUGACUUCUGUGCCCAGACGAACUCAUAGUGAUGUUGAACAGGCUCAGGCACUUGUCAGAAAGCUUGAUGCAGAGAAAGGAAUCGAGGAUAACAUAUUAUCUCGGUCCGAUACUGAUAGAGGGAACAGGGAUAAAUCUUAUGCAGGUUCCUCUGGCCCUGUUGUUAUAGUGAGGGGCUUAACUUCUGUUAAAGGUCUUGAGGGUAUUGAACUUCUGGAUACCCUUUUAACCUAUCUCUGGCGCAUUCAUGGAGUGAAUUACUAUGGUAUGACUGAAACAAAUGAAGUUAAGGGGCUCAGACAUGUGAGAUUUGAUGGGAAGACUUCUGAUACUAGUAAUGGUGAUGAAUGGGAAAGUAAAUUAGACUCACACUGGCAAUCAAGGCUAAAUGGACAGGAUCCUCUGGAGGUCAUGACCGCAAAGGAGAAGAUCGAUACAGCAGCUAUUGAAGCUUUAGAUCCAUUUAUCCGAAAAAUUAAAGAUGAAAAGUAUGGAUGGAAGUAUGGGUGUGGAGCCAAGGGUUGCACAAAGCUUUUUCAUGCUGCCGAGUUUGUUACCAAACACUUAAAGUUGAAGCACCCGGACUUGGUGCUGGAGCUGACAUCUAAAGUGUGUGAAGAUUUAUACUUCCAGAAUUAUAUGAGUGAUGCAAAUGCACCUGGCGGGAUUCCUGUGAUGCAGCAAUCUAUUCCGAAAGAGAAGUUACAAAGACGCAGACCUGGUUUAGAUGGUCGACUGAAGGAUGACAGAGGUGGACAUAGAGAUCGGUCUGGUGAAAGAUUUGAUUGGUCUGAUAACUCGCAGCUGGCAGAUUUCCAGUCCAAGAAUGAUGGUGGAGGUAAUCCUAAUGAACAGAUGUUUGACAGCGUUGGUGGACAGGGAUUUCCUGUUGCUGGUUUCCCUUCUGAUAUGGUUCCUCCCCCCGUACUGAUGCCUGUUCCUGGGGCUGGCCCAUUGGGGCCUUUUGUUCCUGCACCACCGGAAGUUGCAAUGCAGAUGUUUCGAGAACAAGGUAACACUGCUUCCUCUGACGGCAGUAGGAAUGGCAGGUUAGGCCCACGUAUGAAUGGGCCUGCCCCAAUCAUUGCUUUACCUCCCACUCUUCGACAGGAUCCUAGGCGCUUAAGAAGCUAUCAAGAUCUUGAUGCACCAGAAGAUGAAGUCACUGUAAUAGAUUACAGAAGUUUGUAGCAUCAUUAGCGGCUGAAGAUAAAGAUAAAAGGGAAACCCACUGUGUUUGUCCCUCAAUUCUUAUGAAUCAGCUUUACAAUUCAGUCCUUAAUCGUCGCUAUUUUAUUUAUGCAACUUAUCCCACAAUUUUUCUGAAAUUUCGCCAAUUCAGUUUCCAUCAUUGUGUAUGAAAUCUAUACCUCUCAAUGGUUCAGAAGAGGGACUAAAUUGGCGACACCUCAAAAGAAUUGAGGGUCUAAAAUGCAUAAAUUGACAGUGGACAUUUGUAUGAUUCGUAACAAUUGGAGGACCAAUAUGGCUAUUUCCCUCAACUCGGAGACCACAAAAACCGAAGGGCGGAGAGGACUUGUGCUUAUUUUUGAGGUACUCUCGGGGAAAGCAACAAAUGAAUCGAACAAUUAUUACUGUAUCAAGUGACUUGCAUGUUUGGAAGUUAGAUACUCAGUGUUUCCUUUUUUGUUUGUCUUGUUUUUUGGUUUUUGUAUUCUUAAGAUACUUCUGAUUGGGCAAGUGUGUAUUUUAUGCCCUAAUAGUAUAAUUUCCUACCCAAAAGCACAAUCUCCUAAUUUAUUUCCAUGUGUUGGUCUUUGAAUCCAAUAUUUUUCAGUGAGAGGCAGCAAUUUAGUUCAAU